AUGGGGAACUUACAUGACUUGCAUCCCAAGACUGCUCCUGGUAGUGGAAGCAUCGACUACAAGACCACCACCAUCCUGCUGGACGGGCGGCGGGUGAAGCUGCAGCUCUGGGACACGUCCGGGCAGGGGAGAUUUUGUACCAUAUUUCGUUCCUACUCACGGGGAGCACAGGGCGUGAUCCUGGUCUAUGACAUCGCAAACCGCUGGUCCUUCGAUGGCAUCAACCGCUGGAUUAAGGAGAUUGAUGAGCAUGCUCCUGGUGUUCCUAAAAUCCUGGUGGGGAACCGUCUGCACCUGGCCUUCAAGAGGCAGGUGCCCACGGAGCAGGCCCAGGCCUAUGCAGAGCGCCUGGGGGUGACCUUCUUCGAGGUCAGCCCUCUGUGCAAUUUCAACAUCACCGAGUCCUUUACGGAGCUGGCCAGGAUCGUGCUGCUGCGGCAUGGGAUGGACCGGCUCUGGCGGCCGAGCAAGGUACUGAGCCUGCAGGACCUGUGCUGCCGAGCAGUGGUGUCCUGCACGCCUGUGCACCUGGUGGACAAGCUCCCACUCCCCACGGCCUUGAGGAGCCACCUCAAGUCAUUCUCGAUGGCCAAUGGCCUGAAUGCCAGGAUGAUGCACGGCCGCUCCUACUCCGUCACCGCCAGCUCUGUCCACAAAAGGAACAGCCUCCGAAAAGGCAAGGCUGCCCGGCCGCCCCAGAGCCCGCCCAAGCGCUGCACCAGAAACAGCUGUAAAGUCUCCUAAGGAAAGAUCGAGAAAGGUGCACGCUGGACCCUCCAGGAGACUCCGAGCCAUCCUGUGGGAGCCGGGAGGCCAUUCUAGAUCUGAGAAACACAGGCCAGCCCCUCACAGACCAUGCUGCUCCACGCCGUGACAGCCUGUCCCCACGGUUUGACUUUGAUGUUUCUACAUGGAUGUGCAUGAAGCUCUUGUGUUAGACGUGUGUUUGUAAAGGGGAGAUUGGUAGUCUGCUUACCUCUUGAUAACAUACAGUUUUGAAUGUUACUUAUAUCACGAUUGCGGUGUAAACUUUUUCCUUAAAAUAACUGCAUUUAUGAGAAUGGUGAUAUGAGUGUGCUGAGUAUAAAUCCAGGGGAUGCUAACAGCAACGACAGGUAACUCAGAGUCGACAGAAGGAGAGGGGCCUUUUUGUAAACCUCCUUUUUAACGUCAAAGCACUAAUUUGUAAACACCAUGGACACAUUCGGGAUUAUGCACAGCAGGUCUCUCUCACUUCUGUACAAAAUGGGUUUGAUAAAGUUUUUGCUAUGUUAUUUACUACGUUUUGGGAUUAAUAAGUGAUUUAUAAUGCCUAUUUUUCUGUAAAUCUACAUUUUUUUAAUAUAAAAUGUUCCACAAGUUAUGAAGCCAAGAAAAGAAAAUGCCAAAGAUACCUCUAGUUAUGUGGCUACAGCAGAGCCAGGUGGGCCGGGCACAUGACAGAGAGCAAGCGUUUCAGGCAGGAAGAGGCGAACACUGUCACGGGAGGAGACCGAGCUGGUGCCUGUUUCUCAGCAGAGGGUAGAGUCGUUGGCUGGUUCUUUCCGACUUUGUGUAUUUUACAGCCCUUUACUUCGUGGCUUCAUGGCC